AUGUGGGAGAUAAAAUUUCUAGCCCAUCUGAGACUUCGAAAGCUUAUCCUAGACGAAAGUGAAGAUCGAACUUCAGCAGAAUUCAUCGACAAAAAUGCUGACAUUUUUGCCGAGAUCGUUCAAGUUCUAGAUGACAAGAGCCUCCAAUUAAUAAUGAGAGAUGCAGUCAACGAUGGAAGAAAGGCAUUAGCGAUUCUACGGGACCAUUACCAAGGUACAGGCAAACCAAGAAUCAUCUCCCUCUACACGGAGCUGACGUCACUGCAAAUGAGAGGGGAAGAAUGUGUGACGGAUUAUUUUCUUCGAGCUGAGACAACUUCUACUUCGUUAAAGUCAGCUGGUGAGACGAUCAGCGACAGCCUUCUUAUUGCUAUGGUGUUGAAGGGUCUUACCAGAAGGAUUUACUCAUUUAAUACUGUUGUUAUGCAGAAGGAUAAUGAGCCUACGUUUCUGGAAUUCAAGUCUCUGCUACGGAGUUAUGAAGAAAGCCUGAGGAGUCGAGAGGCACAUAGGCCUAAUGUGAAGAAUGAGAACGUCCUUAAGGUGAAUUAUAAACAUCCUGAUUUUCAUUGUGGUGGGUCUGCCAGUGGCUCAUCAGUAAGGUGUUACUCAUGUGGUAAGCCUGGACAUAAGUCUUUCAAGUGUAGGUUGAAGAAAGACAGAGACUUUGAUGAAUCAAAACAUAUGGUUGAACUUGCAGAUGGUGCAAGAUGCAAGAAUAUUGUUAAAGGUAAAGGUAAAGCUAAAAUUGUACUUUAUGGUACAAAUGGUAUAAAACAGAAUGUUGUUCUUGGUAAUGCCUUGUAUAUUCCUACUUUUAAGCAGAAUAUAUUUUCUGUACAAUCAGCUGUUAGUAAAGGAGCUACAGUAAGCUUUAAUCCUAAUCAUUCUGAGUUGAUAAGCUCAAAUGGUGUGUCUUUUGAAAUAAAUAAGAAAGGUAAGCUGUAUUAUCUAAAUAAUGUAAGCUCAUGUAAAUCUCGUUCACUAGAGGAGUGGCAUAAGGUUUUGGGACACUGCAAUGUUAAAGACAUUUUGAAGUUAGAAGAUAAAGCUGAAGGUAUGAAAAUUAGUGACAAAAGUAAUUUUGAUUGCAUAACUUGUCAUGAAGGUAAAAUGCAUUUAUCUAGGAACAGAUUACCAGAUGAGAGAGCAAAGAGUAAAGUGGAAUUUGUACAUUGUGAUCUUGCUGGACCAAUGAGUAUUGAAUCAAGGGAAAAAUCUAAAUAUUGUAAUGUUUUUGUAGAUGAUUAUUCAGGAUCUGUUUUUGUUUAUUUCUUGAAACAGAAAAGUGAUGCACUUAAUGCUACUAAGAAAUUCCUUGCAGAUACUAGUUCUUAUGGUGUUGUUAAAAGAUUAAGGUGUGAUAAUGGAGGAGAAUUUACUUCUUCAGAAUUUAAAGAAUUUCUGGUAAGUAAUAAGAUUAAACAAGAAUUUUCUUCACCAAAUUCACCACACCAAAAUGGUACUGCUGAGUAG